AUGGCAAAACCUACUGCCGAUUGGGAAAAAGUAGGCGAUAAGUUUUACCGAAAGGUUCAACUAUAUACCGAAGUGUUUGAUCGAGAUCUGGAGCUUGAGAACCAAAUCGUUACUGGUUGUUUGUACGGAGGCGCACUUGCUAUCUAUCGGGAUGAUACAAAACUUCAUAACUUUCGUGGAGUCAAGACAUCUAAGUUCAGCGUUGAUCUUUACAGCUGCGCAGGCAAAUUAAUUAGGCGAAUCAAUUGGGAUAAAGGUUCUAUCAAAGGCUUGGGAUGGUCUGAAGAUGAGAAACUUAUAAUUGUAUCUUCUGACGGUACCGUACGUUGUUACUACAACUUUCAGGGUGACUUCACACAGUUCACUCUAGGGAAUGAAGCUGAUGAAUACGGCAUCUUGAGUUGCAGGUCUCGAAGACUAUUUUAUGGAACCGGAUUUGUGGCUCUUUUAUCAAACAAUAGACUAAUAACGGUCGCAAACUACGAGGAACCACGGCCUAAAUUGCUCGCUGCCUCAUCUACUGGCAAUGUAAACUGCUGGACGCUCAUUCCUCCCGCAUACCCACUCUCCCGUUCCGUUGAAGUCUUGUUGAAUAUAAAUAAAACAAUAUACGUUGUAGAUGCCUCUGAGUCCGAAGAUCGAAUGCUUGAUAUUGGGCCUUUUACACAUAUUAUUGUAUCCCCUAACGGCAAGUUUGUAGCUCUUUACACAGCGACAGGUACUAUUUAUGUUAUUACUAGCGAUUGUCAAAAUAGACUUAGCGAACACGACACCAAAACUGUCGUUGCUCCGAGAGAUAUUCAAUGGUGCGGUAAUGAUGCUGUCGUGAUCGGAUGGGAAGACGAGAUUCAUAUCAUUGGGCCUGGAAGCGCUCCAGUCAAGUACUUCUUUGACAGCAGAGUCCAUCUAAUCCCAGACUAUGAUGGUAUUCGCCUGAUCACAAAUGAUGCGUGUGAAUUCUUACAAAAAGUUCCCGAAGUUACCGAAGAAGUCUUUCGGUUUGGUACCGAAUCAGCUGCAUCUAUUCUUCUCGAUGCUGUUGAACAGUUAGAAAACCAGUCACCAAAAGCUGAUGACAAUAUUCAACUUAUCCGACCUAAUUUGGUACAGGCUGUUGAUACAUGUGUCAAAGCUGCCGGUCAUGAAUUUAAUGUUAAUUGGCAAAAAAAACUUUUAAGAGCAGCAUCAUUCGGUAAAUCGGCACUAGAUAUAUACAACAGUGAUGAUUUUGUUGACAUGUGUGAGAUACUUCGAGUUUUAAACGCUGUUAGGUUUUACGAAAUUGGCCUACCGCUUUCUUGUGAUCAGCUCUAUCGUCUCACUCCUGAAAAACUAACCUUAAGGCUGAUAAACAGGCACCAGUAUCUUUUAGCUCUCAGAAUUUCAUCAUAUCUGCGGCUUCCUACUGAACGAAUCUACGUUCACUGGGCCUCAGAAAAAAUAAGACUAAGCUCUGAAGAUGAUGAAACAAUAUGUCGUCUAAUCACAGAAAAACUAGAAGGCAAAUCGGGAAUUUCAUUCGAAGAAAUAGCCCGAGCAGCAUACAAUGAAGGUCGUGGACGCCUUGCUACAGAACUAUUAAACCAUGAACCACGCGCGGGUAAGCAGGUACCUCUUCUUUUAACAAUGGAGGAGGACGAGAUCGCGCUAGAUAAGGCAAUUGAAAGCGGUGAUUCAGAUCUCAUAUAUUAUGUUCUGUGGCACCUUAGGAAAAAACUUUCACUUGCUUUCUUCUUUCGUGUCAUCAACAGCCGGCCUGUCGCUACUUCACUCAUGGAGGCCUCGACCCAGACGGAUGAGCUGGAGUUUCUUAAAGAUCUCUACUAUCAAGAUGACCGACCGUUAGAUGGCGCUCAUGUAUUUGUACGUGAAGCCCUGCAGCAGCCGAACAAUCGCACCGCGAUUGACAAGCUUGCCUUGGCAGCGAAACUUUUAAGUAACUCGAAAGAUUCCUCGUUCGAGCUUCAGGCCUUGCACGAUGCUAGUGUUCUACUCAAGUUACAAGAAACUUUUGAUCGUGAUUUGGCUGAUAAGUUUUCCGGCCUCAGCCCGAACGAGACACUGUUUAAACUUGUGCAGCUUGGACAUACAAGUCAGGCUAAGAAACUCCAGAGUGAUUUUAAGAUAUCAGACAAAACAGCCUGGUGGAUUCGGUUACGUGCCUUGAUUUCGAAGCGUGACUGGCAUAGGCUGGAAGAAUGGGCCAAAACUCGCAAGUCACCUAUCGGAUGGCAGCCCUUCUUCAAUUACAUUCUAGCUGCUGGAAAUCCAAAACUGGCAAGCAUUUUCGUCGCGAAGGCAGCCCCUACAUUAGCAGCCGGCGAGACAAUAGUAAUGUACGAAAAAUGCGGCUUGUACGUGAAGGCAGCUGAGGAGGCAGUUAAGUUUAAGGACAUCGAAGCUGUGCAUCGAUUACAAACGUUGGCGGGUAUAGGGACAGCCGAAGCUAAGGAGAUUGAGAGACUAGGAGCUACUAUGAAGAGAUGA